AUGCCUGAAAGAAAAAGGUCGCUCAGCUUGGAAGCCCCAGAGAGGCGGGGUACCGAAGACCCAGGCGCCCACGAACUUGCCUCUUCCGAAUCCGACGAGCACUUCUCCGAUGCUCAGACAUCCCCCAGGAAUAGUCCCGGGUCCCUCUCCCCUGUACCGCGAACCCGGGUGGAAAAAGUGGACGACGAGCCCUCUUACGGCGAGGUCCCGGGCACCGAGGCCUACGACAAGCGGAUCGAGGAUGCCGAGCCCGACGAGAUCGCCAUCGUCGGCGGUGGACUCGCUCGCCCCGUCUCCCCGGACAGACCUUUGACACCCGGAGGCCAUCCCAUCCCGAAGACGGUGGUCGAGGAAUCGGUGGACCCGCCUGGGUCUGCGCAUCAUAACUAUCACGGAAGUAUCCACGAAGCCGACGCCUCUCCAGACGUUGUUUAUAAGCCGGACGAUACUGGCGAGACACACCCGAUACCUUCCCCGCUAGACACCAGCAAGGAAGUAACUGAUGACACCGCCGCCACCCCGUCAUUAAAGUCUCCGUCGUUCCACCGGCGGAGGAAAUCAUCCACAGCGAAGUCAACGGACGCCUUGGGUGGGGAUAACGCUGGGAACGACGAUGAUGACUUUGGCGACGAUUUUGACGAGUUUGAAGAGGGUGACGAUGACGCCGAUUUCGGUGACUUCGACGAUGGCUUUCAGACAGCUGAGACAGAAGGGUCGGCUCCCCAGCCGGCCCCUCAGUCUCAAGUCGCAAUACCCUCCUUUCCAAUAUUGGAUCUUGAGUCCGAAGACCUCCAAGCAGCUAUAGAACCCUACUUAGACGCCCUAUUCUCCCCCGACGUCCAGGAAAUUCCGCCUCUGCCGUCGCCUCCGAAGGAAAAUCCCAUCUUCUUCAACCCCAGAAGCGCCUCCCUCUGGUCGCAACUGGCCGCUCCGCCGCCCCUCCAACCCCCGGACUGGAUCCGGUCCCGGAUACGGCGCCUGUUCCUCGUCUCGCUCGGCGUCCCCGUGGAUCUGGACGAGAUCCUGCCGGCGUCGAAGCAGAAGAAGCUUGUGCUGCCGUCGAUCCACCGCGUGACAUCGAGCGGGUCACUGCGGUCGACAUCGAGGACGCGGAAGGCGGCGGGGGGCGCGAACGGCUCGUCGGUGUCGGUCGAUUCCCAGGGUAAAGAAGGGGAGGGGGAGGAAAGGAAAACGCGGUCCGCGUCGGCACGGCGGAGGAAAGGCGCAGGCGAGGAGCUGGAGCUCGACCUCGUGUCAGCACGGCAGCUGUGCGCGACGACGGAGGAGGCGCUCGCGGGGAUGACGGACGCCGAAAUCCGGCAGCACGUACAGCGGCUCGAGGACAUGGAGACGCGGGCGCGCGAGGUGCUCGCGUACUGGCAGAAGCGCGCCGACGAGAAGAUCGGCGACCGCGAGGCUUUCGAGGGCGUCAUCGAGAACCUCGUCAAGCACGCGCGCAAGACGAGGAAGUGA